UAUCAUGCGCCGCGCUCCUCCUGCUCACGCUAGAGAGUAGUAGAGACCAUACCCCCUUCCCAAGUUACAAACCCCCAACUGUACUUUAUUUUCCCCUUCCACAAUCCAUGGAUCUGUAAAUAUCAACUCCCAUACACAUUGCACCGCGAAUUUAUCAUACCAGUGAAUUGAUUUUGAUCCUGUUUUUUUUUUCUCUUUUUUUUCUGAGUGUGGAUUUUAAGAAAUGGCGUUGGGGAGGUGGAUAGAAUGCAGAGGCGAUCUUCUGGAGGAGGGGGCUAAAUCACUGCGGCUUCGGCUGAGGGAUCGCUUCAGAGUGGCGGCGGUUGACUAUCAUCGCCGCCGGAAUUUGAUGAUUGCCGAUCGGAGCAACUACUUCUCCUCCACCGUACAACGGUGGCUCGAUCGCUUCUCCGAUUUCCGUAGGGGCUCGCUGCCUUCCUCUUCAACUUUUUACCGUAAAAUAGUGAGUAAGGAUAUUGACGCAGAAGAUGAUUCGGCCGUGACCCGCAUGCUCCAGGCCGUUGCUGCUCCUGUGAUUGGAAAUGUUUGCCAUGUUUUCAUGCAUGGCCUGAACCGUGUCCAGAUAUUUGGAGCAGAAAAAUUACAAAAUGUACUGCUGCAUAGGCCAGAGAACAAGUCUCUGAUUACGGUUAGCAAUCAUGUUGCAGCCAUGGAUGAUCCUUUAGUUAUUGCUUCCCUGCUUCCGCCUAGCAUGCUGUUAGAUGCAAAUGGCUUGAGGUGGACUCUGUGUGCAUCGGAUAGAUGUUUCAAGAAUCCAGUUACAUCAGCAUUCUUCAAGUAUGUGAAAGUACUGCCAGUUUCUCGCGGGGAUGGGAUUUAUCAAAAGGGUAUGGACCUGGCUAUUUCGAAACUGAACCGCGGGGGAUGGGUUCACAUAUUUCCUGAAGGUAGUCGUUCCCGAGAUGGUGGGAACUAUGGAUCUGCGAAAAGAGGCACUGGAAGGCUCAUAUCGAGAAAUCUGGGGCUGAAGCUGCAAGUCGAAAGAAUAGCCACAGAGCAAGCGCUGCAACUUCCGAAAAAUCCUUCUCACGCCUCAGAACGCGCAACUGGUCUCUUACAAAACAUCGAUUGGGAAUCACAUGGGAUGGCAAACUAUGUAGGCAUCGACAAUGAUAGCUCGCAAAGGCAGGAUAUACUGUUCGAACCCAACGUAGCUGAAAAAAUCUAUCCUAGAGAGAGAAAUUUUAGAGUCGGCUUCUCAGCUGGUGGUGGUGGAUUUGUGUCGAGUAUACGAAGUUAUAUGGACUCGACGGAGUUAAUGGUUUUUGCAGCGAGAGGUUUAUUCGAAAAUCAUAGAACAAACGAGUGUUUAGGUAGUGUAGAUGGAGUUAGUCCUUUGAAGGUGUGGAACAAUAUUUGGAAGUCUGUUUCUGGGAAUGAUCAUUUCCCUCUUAAUUCGGUUCUCACUGAUGCAAUGAGACGUUGA